AUGGAUGGCCCCAGGGACCGUCACAUCCUUGAAUGGGACGAAACAGAUGUCCACAACUGGCUCUCGACUUUAGGUUACUCUCAGUACGAGAACCAGAUCAGAGAACACAGAAUACGAGGGGAUACUCUGUGUGUGCUAGACUCCGAGGGACUCAAGUCGCUGGGCAUUGCCACUAUAGGGCAACGGCUGGCUAUUUUGAAGUCGGUCUACAACGUGAAACUGGCCCAUAAUGUCCCCAUAGAAGAGGAACACUAUGUCCCACCUUCGGAAGCCCCAGAGCGCUGGGAAAACAUAACCGUCGACAAGUUGCAUUCCUUGGUCAAAGAUCAAGCUCAACGUUUGCGUCAAUUGGAGGAAGAAAACCGCAAUUUAAGCGGUACUCUGGACUCAUUUCUGGAGGAGUUCAACAUUCUUCGGUCUUCUCUUGGUCGGCCUGACGACUCGGCUAGUCCGUUACGCAGACAGCCAUCUUUCAAAUGGGCUCAAUUUGUCAAGCCACAAAAGUCUCCAACGAAAGCAGAACCUGUCGAAUCUCCCCAUCCAUCUCCUCAGCGUCUGGAACAUGACGUACCGAUACCGCCCAAUCGAGUGGCUGGUCCAUCUACAUCCUCAACACCAGUUGAUAAGGCGCGCUACGCACAACCACCACCUGAUCCUCAAAAUACCAAUAACCAGCCACUGAAGCCGUCGAGACAGGAAAGCUCAGAUAAUCUCAAAGGAUUCAAAGUUACGCUGGAUGAUCCCACCUGGAAGGUGCUUCCUGCAGCUCUCAAGAAGUAUCGAAUCAAUAACGACAGCUGGCAAAAUUAUGCAAUGUUCAUUUGCUACGGGUCACCAGGUAACCGAAUAGAACGUUGCUUGAGCUACGACGAAAAGCCACUUCUUCUUUUUCAGAAGCUCAAGGAUGCAAAGAAGAAUCCGGUUUUCAUGCUCAAACAUAUCAAAGAUAUACGGUCCCCAAUCGCCGUAGCUCAACAAAAACAUGCAGCCCGCAAAGCCUCAUCCGUUAUUUCCAAUGAGACAACGGCAACACAAGGACAUCAUAAAAAUCCGUCAACGUCUCGUGCUGUCAAUCGGCCCCCUCGUCUUGAAGUCCAGGAUCUCUCUGCUUCAGCGCCUCUCCCUUCAAACACCUUGAGCCCUCAACCUGGCUGGCCAGAAGCAGGGUUAUCACCUGCUGUUGACACCCAGCGGAACGAUGAAAUUUCUCUGACACCCGCGUCAGCUGGAACGCAGUCAACUUACAUGAGUGGAUCAACUCUUGUUGGGACAAACGGCCAUGAUCCGUCAAAACACAGAGCCAAUGGUACACAUGGAGAAUCCCCUCCGAGUGGGACUCUUAGCGCGGGGAUACCAGCUGCCAAUGGGGUGUCAUAUGCAGUCGCCAUCUAUCCAUACAUGGCAGAGCAGGACGAUGAGUUCGAUGUAGUAGUAGGAGAUACCUUCAUCAUUCUUUCGCGUGCACGCGGUUGGUGGGUUGUCCAACGCGAUCCCACUGGCUCAGGCAUCGUCGACACUGACAUCGUCAAGCAAGGGUGGGUACCUGCUGGAUGUCUUCUCGAGACCAAUGUUCCUGUGGCAUCUGCAAUUGCUGAAGCCACAGCCGCGAAAGGCGGACCAUCGAAUGGCAGAAGUCCACCCCAGACUCCCAUUGGGAAGACCCCCAUUUUGCCAUUGAGCAUCAUAUCGACGAGCUUCCCUGGAAUUGCGCUCAUGGACUAUAAGAAGAAGGGAGAGGAAGAGCUGGACUUGGUUAAAGACGAUGCCUUGAGAGUAUUCAAGCGGUAUAACCAUUGGUCAUAUGCGGUCAAGGAAGAGGGUGGUGAUCGGGGUUGGGUGCCGUCAUGGUUCAUUGGCAAAGUGUCAGCAGCUGGCGUACCACCCACUCCGAAUUCAGGUGUACCUAUGACACAUUUAUCGUCACUCGUUGAUGACGAUCGGACGCAAGUGUCACCCAUGUCAUCCGCCUUUCCUACAGCGCAGACGCGAACAAAUGGAGGCAUAUGA